AUGACGCCACAGCCCUCUUCUAGAAGCCUCUACCUGAAAGAACAAUCUGAUGCGGCCGACUUUCGUCAAAGCCGGGAGAGUAACAAAUACUUUGUCGACAUUCCGCACAAAGAAGAACGCAACAAUCGCCCUUGUUACCACAUUCUGGCCACAGAUGAGCCAACCACAGCUGAAUCAGGAGAGCCUGAAAGCGAAACAGCGCCAACGCCCCAGACGACGUCACCCGCGCCGAGUGUAGACAAAACCGUUCAGCCAGAAGCCAAGAUGGAGCCAUACGAGGACUUCGCCGACGACAUAUCUGACAAGUCGGUCGACCCUGCGCCCCCGGGCUCUGAGCCUAAGUAUCACGGUUACACGCUAGCCACGCUGGAAAUGAUGAAAGGGGGUGAAGAGGGCAAGAACAGCGCUGGUACAGCCCCAGAAGUAGAGGCGGCUAGCGCUGGCGCAGCCCCAGAAGCAGAGGCGGCCAGCGCCGAAGUCGAGAUGACCGACUCUCCGCACAACUACACCUCCUCUGUCGGGCCCGCAGACCCACACGAGCGCGAGCCUUCUCAGCAGGAAACCCAGCCCCCACAGACGGAGCACCGGGCCAGGACCUCAUACCGGUCUCCCUGGAUCGAGGAUGAGACCACUACGGCCGCCAGACCUUCUCCUCCUCCCCCUAUACCCGGCACGACCAGCUCGGGCUUCUUGCGGUCGCCGCACGCACAAGAGCUGAGAGCGGCGACGACGAGCGGCCCGCGUAAGCAGUCGCCGCAAGCCCACGAGAACCAGCCUCCUGCGAUGGAGCACAAGACACCCCGAGCCGCCACUCUUUCUCCUCCCCCAACGCGCGAUACAAGGGGACCCGGUUUCCUGCAGUCACCACACGCACAGGAUCUGAGAGCAGCGACGACGAUCCGGUCAGACAUUAUCCCGCGGACAGCGUCGGCGCAGAAGCGUCAGACGAGUAGGUCAAACAUGAUCCCGCGGUCGGCGUGGGCGGUGGGGCGGAAGUCACGCGGCGGCGGUGGGGACGGCAGUUGCUCGCUGAAGCAUGCGCGCGAGAAAAAGGCCGAGAUGCGCACGAGACUAAAGGAAAAACAAGACAAGACGAAGGUGCGGUUUGUGCUGUCGGGCAAGGAAUCUGCUUCGGGAUCGGGGUCGGGGUCGGGGUUGGGGUCGGGAUCGAGAUCAGACAGGGCGGGUGAGGAUGAAGGUGGUGCCGAGGAGAAGAAGGAGCACGUCGUGGACAAGGACAAGGCCGAGGCCACUGCAGCUGCUCCUGUUGCUGACGGCGGUGGCGUCGGCGAUGAGGGCGAGGGCAAGGACAAGCCACCGCCGCCGCCGCCGCCAUCAUCACCGCCGCAGCAGCCAUCACCGCCGCAGCCAUCACCGCCACAGCCAUCACCGCCGCAGCCAUCACCGCCGCAGCCAUCACCGCCGCAGCCAUCACCGCCGCCGCCACCUUCAAGGCCGCUAUUAGCAGCCGCGAAGCACUUCUUUCAGGGGUACGCGCGGCUAGUCCUCUCGUACUUCGACCACCAGUUCGGGCUGGAACCGUUCGCGGCGCGCGUGAUCGCGCCGCCGAGUACAGUCAACGGGCGCGGCGGGCUGCCGUACGCGCACGCCGAGCACGCCGAGCACGCCACACGCCGCCGCAUCAUCGAGGGGCGGUUCCUGCUGGCGGUCGAGGACGGUAGCAUCGGCGCCACGGUGCGGCCGCCGUUCUCGACGCGCGAGUUCGUGCGCCAGGUGCGCCACGGCGCCACGCCGGCGCCCGACUCGUACGACCCCGUGGCGCUCGUGCACGACCUGACGGCGAGCGAGUACGGCGACGCGCUGCUACGGCUGGUAUUUGAGUGGUACGAUCCGCUCGCGGGCCGGGAUGUGGAGGCCGACGAGGAAGCGGCGGUGCGUAUGGUAGGGGAUUUGGAAGGGGGCACACCGCGGGGCGUGCGGGUCUAUGAGCGGCACCGCGCGUAUUUCCCGGGCGCCAUCGCGAAUUAUGUUGCUGUGCUGUUUCCUGGUGAGGAGGAGAAGGGAGGGCAGAAGGGCCGGCUUGAACAUCUGUCAUCUUGAUGAGCUCGUAAGCAUCGAAGAGGGCAAGAGGCCCAGAAUUAAUCAAAGUCGCCGUCGUGGCUUUACUAUGACGCAUUCGUAAACUUGAACCG